CAAGCCCAUCGUGGAGUACAUAGAUGCCCAGUUCGAAGCUUACCUGCAGGAGGAACUGAAGAUCAAGCGGUCACUCUUCAAUUAUCAUGAUACCAGGAUUCACGCAUGCUUAUACUUUAUUGCACCCACCGGCCAUUCACUGAAGUCUCUCGAUCUGGUCACCAUGAAGAAACUCGACAGUAAGGUGAAUAUCAUCCCUAUCAUUGCCAAAGCGGACACCAUUGCCAAAAACGAGCUGCACAAAUUCAAGAGCAAGAUCAUGAGCGAACUGGUCAGCAACGGGGUCCAGAUCUACCAGUUCCCGACGGACGAAGAAACGGUGGCCGAGAUAAACGCCACGAUGAGUGUCCAUCUCCCGUUCGCAGUUGUUGGCAGCACCGAAGAAGUAAAGAUUGGCAAUAAGAUGGCCAAGGCCAGGCAGUAUCCGUGGGGCGUUGUGCAGGUUGAAAAUGAAAACCACUGUGACUUCGUGAAGCUCCGUGAAAUGUUGAUCAGAGUCAACAUGGAAGACCUGAGGGAGCAGACGCACAGCCGGCACUAUGAGCUUUACCGUCGUUGCAAGCUAGAAGAGAUGGGGUUCAAAGAUACCGACCCAGACAGCAAACCUUUCAGUCUCCAAGAAACCUAUGAAGCCAAGAGAAACGAAUUCCUCGGUGAGCUUCAGAAGAAGGAGGAAGAAAUGAGGCAAAAUGAUAUUUUGUCAUCUUGAGUGAAGGGAGAAAAGAAGCUGAAUUGAAAAGAGACUUGAGAAGCGAAAAGGGACCUUCAUGAAAGGUUUUGAAACCACCUAAAGAGAGGACCCGCAAGAAAGAGAAGAAGUAGAAGAGAGAACAAAAAAGAAGGAACUUAGGAAGAGUUGGAAGCAGCUUUCCAGAAAGAAGAAAGCUUAGGCGAAGCUCAGCUAUUACAGUCUCAGGGCCAACAGGCCGGCUCUCAACAAACCAAGAAAGAGAAGGACAAGAAAAACAGUCCCUGGCUCUGCACAGAAUAAUGUCCCUCUUCCAAGCUAAUUGGAUGUGCUUUCCACCUUUGCAUCUUCUUCUUUAUGUAGCUGUCAGUCACCCGGGCAAGUUCCACCUCCCUCUGUCCUAGUGGCGCGUUAGAAGAAGCCGCAGAUGAGCCACAUAGACACCCCCCCACUGAGAGACGAGUUACCUCAUUCUUCUGCCUUUCUGUCCUUUUUCAGACUGUCACUCGCUGCGGUGUGUGUGUCUUUUCCAUGUGCGUGUCCGCUCACCACCGCUGGUGUCUGAGUUGACUUUCCGUCACUGCCCCGGUCAUUAAGAGAUGAAGCGGCAGUCGGCUUCUGAGAUUUUGCACUGAGGAUGUUGCUCCUUUUGAUACAGCAGGCCCGUGCCUCUCAGUGUAAGGGCAAGGAGAGUAUGGUGUGAAACCGUGUGUAUACGUAUAUGUGUGUAUGGGGGUGGGGGUGGUAUGUAUGCAGGCAGAUUGUGCUGAGUGUUUACAUCCUACGCAGAUUUAAUCUCGCGCUGAAUCGAAUUCUCUCCAAGAGAUCCUGUAACCUGGUUAUCCUGAAAGCCAUAUGAACUCAAACGGAUUCCCACCACCUGCGAUAGAACACUUUUAGUGGAGAUGGACGAAGGAGAGAGGAAAAGGGUCACGAAGACAUACCCAAACUUAGAUCCAGCUGCAUCUCAAACUGUAUCUUCUUUUAAAUCAGGUUUCAUUAGCUUCCAGCUCUCAGAAAGGCGGAACUCUGUACAUGGCCUCUGCGCUAGAUUUAGAGGCCUGCAGCACCGUUCUGCACAGAACAUUUAUUUAUAAGGGGAAUUUUUAAAAACAAAUCGCUGCCAACAACAGUACCAACAGGAACUGGUGCAAAAUAAGAUCAGUGAAUCACACACCUCAGUAUCUAAAAAAGGAACCAGCCGCAGCAGAUUUUUAACACUGUAGUCUUGAAUGCUCUCUGGAAUGAAAAAAUCCGGGAAGAACCGCUAAAGACCAAGUCCGUAACGGGUUUUUUUUUUGGGGGGGGGGGUUAGGAGGGAUUACAACACAAUGGCCAACCUCUCAUUGCAGGUUUCUAUGGGUAGAGGUGCCACUAGAAUCGGGUGAAAGCAAACUGUUAUGGGACGGUUCCUGCAAAUAGAUCAGUCUCCAGUAGCUUCAAAAGUUUGUUCUGUUUUCCUCCCAUAAAAAUGAACUUUCUGUCCCUUUUGGUUCCAAGGAGAGGUUUGAAAAGUGUAUGUGCAAUUUCUGACACCAUCUUCAAAGGGAAAGGAGAAACGAAGGACCGUGGCCAGGAGAGCAGGCCACGAAUGGACUGUAAUUGGUAAAUGUGCUUUGUGUGUCUAAUUUCUACAGCUGGUGGACUUUUCCCCUUUCAGAGUGCAGAAUCUGAUCUAUGCCAAGGUCACCCGUUCCCAUUGACUACUGGUUAAUAUCAAAAGGUAUUGAUGAAUUAAAAGGUGUCCUUGAUGAUUCAA